GCACAAGUAAGAUGAUGGAAUUCAUCGCCGUAGAUGAUGUCCUCAACUUCAUCGCUGGAUCAUUGAUAACUAUUGAUGCAAGUGCAUCAGCCAGGCGUAGAAGGGGUGUUGACGGAAGUUUCCAAAGCCGGCAUGUGAUUGGUCUGACGCGCAGGCGGUGAAGGAAACGCGCACUGUCAACAAAUUAACAAUCCGCCAUCAAAGUCCACCGCUAGCACCAAACCAAACCCCCACAAUCACAUACAGAAACUUGGCUGCAAUCAACAGUCCAUCAACCCUCUUCGUGCAUCAGUUGUCGGAUUCAUAGAGUCAUCUUGCGUCCUGUGUCUCAGUCGCCUUUGUUCAAAGUCCUACCUAAUCCGCUGUCAUCAUGAGAGAAGUCAUCAGCUUGAACGUCGGCCAGGCUGGCUGUCAGAUCGCCAACUCAUGCUGGGAGCUGUACUGUUUGGAACACGGCAUCCAGCCUGACGGAUACCUCACAGAGGAACGAAAAGCAGCGGACCCGGAUCAAGGUUUCAGUACUUUCUUCUCCGAGACAGGCAAUGGCAAAUAUGUCCCCCGAACCAUCUACUGCGAUCUCGAGCCCAAUGUUGUCGAUGAGGUCCGCACUGGCACAUACCGAAGCCUCUUCCAUCCCGAACAGAUGAUCACAGGAAAAGAGGAUGCAUCCAACAACUAUGCUCGUGGACACUACACUGUUGGCAAGGAGCUCAUUGAUCAAGUUCUUGACAAGGUUCGACGCGUGGCAGACAACUGCAGUGGUCUUCAGGGCUUCCUUGUCUUCCACUCCUUUGGCGGCGGUACUGGCUCUGGCUUUGGUGCCCUGCUGAUGGAGCGCCUGUCGGUGGAUUAUGGCAAGAAGUGCAAGCUCGAAUUCUGCGUGUACCCUGCACCUCAGGUUGCUACUUCGGUAGUGGAGCCUUACAACUCGAUCCUCACGACACACACCACAUUGGAGCACUCGGACUGCAGUUUCAUGGUUGACAAUGAGGCAAUCUACGACAUUUGCCGACGAAAUCUCGGAAUUGAACGACCAAACUAUGAGAACUUGAACAGACUGAUCGCUCAAGUUGUCUCAUCCAUCACUGCGUCCCUUCGAUUCGAUGGCUCGCUCAAUGUCGAUCUGGCUGAGUUCCAGACCAACCUCGUCCCAUAUCCGCGCAUUCACUUCCCACUAGUGGCGUACGCUCCGGUCGUCUCAGCUGCCAAGGCACAGCACGAGGCCAACUCUGUCCAAGAAAUCUCAAUGGCCUGCUUCGAGCCCAACAACCAGAUGGUCAAAUGUGAUCCGCGAAACGGCAAAUAUAUGGCAACUUGCUUGUUGUACCGUGGUGAUGUGGUCCCGAAUGAUGUCCACCAGGCUGUGGCUACACUCAAGACAAAGCGAACCAUUCAAUUCGUCGACUGGUGCCCAACUGGUUUCAAGAUCGGUAUCUGCUACCAGCCUCCUCAGAUGGUGCCUAAUGGAGACCUUGCCAAAGUCAACCGCGCAGUCUGCAUGCUUUCGAACACGACCGCCAUUGCCGAGGCUUGGUCAGCGCUGUCUCACAAGUUCGACUUGAUGUACUCCAAGCGUGCUUUUGUGCACUGGUAUGUGGGUGAGGGCAUGGAAGAAGGUGAAUUCUCCGAGGCUCGCGAGGAUCUCGCUGCGUUGGAGAGAGACUACGAGGAAGUUGCCAGUGAUUCCAUCGAGGAGGGAGAUGGCUCUGAGGUCGAACAUUAGCCCCGAUCUUCUGUCUGCCUGUUGUUUAGUCACGUUAUCAAGCUCGUGGUCGAGCAUGCAAGGAGUGCGGGAGCCAUUAUUACCAGGUAUUUCAGUUGCUGAUUGAGUCGUGCAGCAAGGGUUGAAUGGCCCUUGAAUAAAUUCUCUGCGAGAUGAACAUAAUUCAAACUUCACAGAAUUGCUCAAUCCGGGCUGUCAAAGGGUGGCCAGGGAAAUGAACAACUCGAG